AUGGCAAGCACCGUUUCAUCUAUCCCAACAUUGAAUCUCAACGACGGUACCUCGGUUCCUAUCCUUGGAUAUGGCACCGGAACCGUAUGGUAUAAGCGUUCGGAGGAUAGCAGUGUGAACCUUGAGUUGGUUGAAUCCAUUAAGACCGCAACGAAGCUAGGGUAUCACCAUCUCGAUGGAGCUGAAGUCUACCGGACUGAGGAGGAACUGGGACAAGCGAUUGAAGAGAGCAGAGUGCCUCGCGAAGAACUUAUUGUGACGACUAAGGUCAUCACCAAUAUCGCCGACAUCACCCAGGCCAUUGAUACCAGUCUCGAAAAGCUUCGGCUUGAUUUUGUAGACCUAUAUCUGAUCCAUGCUCCAUAUUUUGCAAAGACGGAGGAAGAACUUCAAGCUGCCUGGGCUACUAUGGAGCAAGUUAAGGCAUCUGGGAAAGCACGGUCUAUUGGGGUGUCAAAUUUCCUACAAAAAGACUUGGAAAUCAUUCUCAAGACCGCUAAAGUUGUGCCAUCCGUCAAUCAGAUUGAGUUUCACCCUUACCUUCAACAUGGAGAUCUUGUCCCCUACCAAGAGAGCAAAGGUAUCAAAACCGUUAGUUAUGGGGGGCUCACUCCUGCCACUCGGGCGCAAGGCGGGCCAUUGGACCCGUUGCUUUCUUCCUUGGCCACCAAAUAUGCAGUCAGCCAGUCUGAGGUGCUGCUUCGCUGGAUUAUCGACCGUGGCUGUGUGGCCAUCACCACCAGUGGCAAAGAAUCCCGUUUAAGCAACUAUUUGCGCGUAUUUACAUUCAACCUGACACCUCCAGAGAUCGACGAGAUCUCCAAUAUCGGGAAGCAGAAACAUUAUCGUGCAUUUUGGCGUGAAAAGUUUGCCGAGGACGAUCGUUCCUAG